AUGCAGAUCAAAGCUAUGCCUGCAUCUACUACAUUAUUUAAAACCAAGUGGAAUACGUUUGUUGCCAAAUUAACACCCAUCCAUUCGAGCGAUUCACAGCAACAGCCAAACAAGCUGCGCAGAGACAGUGAUGAUACCAUUAUAUCCAGAAUAAAAAACAGAAAGCACAGUGAUGCCAUGUCUGUGGGCACAUUUGAAUCAACUGUCAGUAUGAAGGACAAGUUUCGUCAAGCCAUCCCAUUCUUUCGCCGCAGAAGCUCAUCCAACAUCUCUGCAUGCAAUGAGGAAGUUCUCAAUACUUCAACCACACCCACAGCUUCCGUUGAUUAUUACCAUGAGUUGGAAAAGUUGCAAGCACUGUAUACAUUGGCUGUCGACGAGUUAAACUACGCUGAAGAUUCGCAAGGAUCAUCUUAUUACUGUGGUGAUAGAGUAGCUGCACGUGAAGCCAUUAACAAUUGUGCCAACGCAUACAUCGAACUGCUGCGACAUACCACAGACGCACUCACACGUGAAGGUCUUCAGUCGUCCAUGACACCCAAAUUGAUCAAGCUCCAAAAGCGUAUCGAUGCAUUACCCGAAGUAGAUGAAGAUGGUGAUUACUAUUGA